AUGAGGAAGAAAAAAAAGAGCAGUGAGGGGAAGGUAUGGACGGAUGCAUUGAAUAAUUUGGAGGAGGUGCAUCAAAACAAGUAUAGCUUAACGAAGGACACACUUCACGAAAGAUCUCGACCCGAACCAGAAAUCAUUGAACACAUAUUAGAAGAACUAGAAAACAAAAUUAGGUUUUAUUUCAAGUUGUAUAAAAUGGAGAAGGAUAAAAGAGCCGAUUGUGAAAAGAAAAAUUAUUACUUGAAUGAAGAGCUGAACCAGACUUACACGACGUUGCAAAAAAAUAAACUCUACACAGAUAAGCUAGAAAAUAAAUUACUAAACAUAAAAGAGAAUCAGAGCUCGUUAAUCGAUACAGUUAGGCGUAUUGACCUUUUAUACAUACAGCUAGACACCCUGGUACAGUCGUUCUCUGGUGUUUGCACACAGGUUGCGGCGGAGGUCAAUGCGUAUGGGGACAACACGAACAGUAAGAGGAACACCAUUAAGACUUUACUCGAUUAUAUUUACCCAUGUAGGACACUUGACCCUCGCAUUAAUUCGCUUUACGGGGUCUUGUAUUAUGGCUCUAUUGGGUUACUGAAAGAUGGAAAAUUUGUUAGCCCGCCCAUUCCUCCUGUCCCUCCAGUGGUGCCAUCUGAAGGGGACGGUUGGCUACCCCCCUCGCAGUAUGCCCCUCACAAUGAGGUUUUCGCAACAGAUUCUCACCAAAGGAGUAGUCACCAAAGGGGCAGUCACCAAAGGAGCAGUCACCUCGGUGGUUCUCGUGCGGAAAGUUUCGCUGACUCCGUGAGGCGAAGCGGAAGCGCUUUCAACAGAGAAAGCUCCAAGGAAAACUAUACUGAUGACGCACUCUUCACCAAGUACGUCGAACAAGAACAAAGAAAACAGGUACGAAACGAGUAUGAUAUGCACAAGUCAGGUAGCAGCGAACUUAUCCCUCAGGACUUACAAGGGUUCUGUAUUAAAAUUGGCUUCCUGGAAAUUAGCUACAAGAAGGAAAAUGCAAGAAUUAUUUGCGUAGUCCGAUACGACAGUGAGACGACCACCUCUGCAAUUCAAAACACGAAGAGAGUGACCAAGCCCAGGGACAUGGAUGGACGUGGUAAUGGAGGCAAAUGUAUUUUUAACAUUGAUUAUACAAUUAAUUUAACAUCAGUGCCACAAAAAAAAGCAGGACACAUCCCCAGCUUCAUGAUAGACGUACACGACGUUAAUGGAAAAGCGUUGGUUGGAACAUGUAUGUGUUCCUUCAUUAGUGAGAAAACGCUAGUGAGAGACGCGUCGUGGGAUAUUUACUCGAGGGUUGCAAAUGCCAAGCCGGAGGUCAUUGGCAAAGUGCAUGUGUCCGUGUUUGCUUGCCCACCGAAUGCGCUCCUCCCAGCGGAGAUUUUUAUGAAGGCGAGACAGCAGUCGGUGCAGCACUUCACGCAGCAAUCGUCGCAGCAGUUGACGCAGCAGUCGACGUUGGCUGCUCCAUACGGAGAGAGCGACCCAAGCGGCGCUCCCGCCGGGGACGAUCGGAAGGUGGAGAGCAGCGCCAAAGUGGCCUUUCAGAAGAGCGCCCUUCUGAGCAAGGUUAUUGAGGAAAGCGAUCAGCCAUCUCAGAUGCACGUGAAGCCGCCAUCCUCUAACAACACAGGGAAGGGGGCGAGCCUCUUUCAGAGGGGAACUAAGGUCACCUUCAAGCCGUACACCUCGAAGAAUGCCGACUCGGCCGCCUCGACGGACGCCAACAAGUCUAGCUCCGAUGUGAAGGGAAGCACUCCCCAGAAGGAAACCUCCAAACGAAUCAUCCUCAAUCACCUGAAUGGAGACAGCAGCAAGAAGAGUGUCACCCCGGUUGGAAGUCAGCAUAAUCAGGAGGGAGAAAAAAGUGGUACCCCGCUUUCCCUAGUUCAGAGUCGUAUAAAAAAUUUAGCGAUGCGGUUCGAGUCCAAGAAUGGCACAUUCAAGGGGAUGGAGGAGGAUGGUAGCAGUGGUUCCACGACCCCCGUUGAGGGCAAGGCCAGCAAGCUGGGCGGUUUUUUGAAGAAAGGUCUACCUCUCUCGAGCAGUAAGGGAUCUAGUGUCCCGCAGGAGAAAAAAGGGGAGCAGAAGGAGGACAAAGCGGAAGAGAAAAAGGAGGACACGGCGGCAGAUAAGACGGAAGACACGCCGGAAGUGAACACGGAAGUGAAAACGGAAGUGAAAACGGAAGGGCCAAAAGACGCAUUGGAGAAGAAGAGUCCAGUCGGCCUGAAGAAAAUCACCCCAGUGCUGAAGGACGGGGUGAUGAAGAUUAAGUUGCCUUUGCCGGGCAAGAAGGACUUGACGAAGAAAGCGGACACAGUAGCCGCUUCAAAGAGUGACGCUGCGAAGAGUGACGAUGCGAAGAGCGACCCCGUAGACGCAGCAACAAAGGACAGCGACCCGAAGGACAACAACGUCGCCAGUAAGCCGAUCAAACCAAUUCUGAAAAUAAAGGUAGAACCCAAAAAAGAAAACUUAAACAAGCUGUUUCAAAAAAUGCCUCUGAAGACACCACUUGCAUCUAAAGAGCAAGAAGACAAAGGUUCUGAGGUUGCGACGAAGGGAACCCCCAGUGAGAAGCCGACGGAGACAACCGAUGCAAAUGCUGCCCCGCCCAAAGAACAACCCGAGCUCGCGAACGCGGAAAAACGCUUGGAGAAAAAAAUAUCCAUUAAGAAUAAAAUGCUUGCCCUUUUGAAGAUGAAGCAAGUGGGAGGGGGCCCUCCCGCAAUUUUGAAGAAGCCCGUUCCCAUGCCGGCGUCUGCUGCGCCCGCGGAGGUCGAAUCACAGUCCAGCACAGAUGGACCGGACCUGAAGAACAUACUCGAAAAGGCAAAAAAAAAUGCCAUCUUCAUUGACAAGAAUAAAGUGAAAGUGAAAUUAAACAAACAGGUGGAACUCAAAAGGGAAAUAAAAAAGUUCGUGCCCAAGGUGAAGAAUGUGGAGUGA